AUGGAGAAGCCGCUACCGGAGCCCGCCCCCUCGGCAGCCGUGCAGGAGGUGGCGGAGCGGUCGCUCGUCGACCCCGAUGACGUCGCCUCCAUCAGGCUGACGCAGCACCUCAUACUGGGGCGAUUGCAAGAUAGCAAUGCAGUUCUCACUCAUUUUAAUGAGUAUUCCGAACAAUGCUUUGCAGAAGUGUCUAGUGAUUUUGCUAGUAAAACUCGCCUUCUCAACUCCAUGAAGGCUGAUCUUGACCAUAUUUUCACAAAGCUAAGAGGGAUGAAAUCUAGGCUAGCAGCUACUUAUCCCCCUGAUGGUGCAAUGUCAAAGACGAUGGACCAAAGACAUGGGAUUGCGGCAAAUGAAGAGCUAGCAAUGCGAGCAAGCAUGAAUGUGCCACCUGCCCUACUAGUACGAUUUCUGAGGGAGCAUCGCUCCGAAUGGGCUGAUCCUGGUGUUGAUGCUUAUUCUGCCGCUGCUCUGAGGGCUAGUCCAUAUGCAGUUCCUGGCUUGCGCGCUAGUGGGUUUAUGGGCAGCCAUGUUAUUCUGCCGCUUGCACAUACCUUAGAGCAUGAAGAGUUCUUGGAGGUUAUUAGGCUUGAGGGACACAGCCUCUGCCAUGAUGAAGUUGUUCUGUCACGAGAUAUGUAUCUUCUGCAGUUGUGCAGUGGCGUGGAUGAAAAUGCAGCUGGUGCAUGUGCACAGCUUGUAUUUGCACCCAUUGAUGAAUCUUUUGCUGAUGAUGCACCACUGCUGCCCUCAGGCUUCCGUGUCAUUCCACUGGAUGCAAAGACGGAUCCACCAUCAGGCACACGCACACUUGACCUAGCAUCUACUCUUGAGGUUGGAUCUGGUGGGACUACUCGUGCUUCAAGUGAUGCCUCCAGCACCUGCAACACAAGAUUAGUGCUGACCAUUGCUUUCCAGUUCUCAUAUGAGAAUCACCUACGGGAAAGCGUUGCAGCAAUGGCCAGGCAAUAUGUCAGGACUGUGGUGGCAUCGGUGCAGAGGGUGGCCAUGGCAAUAGCUCCUUCCCGUCUUGGUGGGCAGCUUGAAAUGAAGCAAUCUCCAGGAUCUCCUGAGGCACACACCCUUGCGAGGUGGAUUGGCAGGAGCUACAGGUUUCACACUGGAGCUGAACUUCUUCGCACAGACACCCAAUGCACGGAUGCUUCCUUGAAAGCACUGUGGCAACACUCGGACUCGAUCAUGUGCUGUUCCCUGAAGGCUGCUCCUGUGUUCACCUUUGCCAACCAAGCUGGCCUCGACAUGCUGGAGACGACACUGAUUGCUCUCCAGGACAUCUCCCUUGAGAAGAUCCUUGAUGAUGAUGGCAGGAAGGCGCUCUGCACUGAGUACCCUAAGAUUAUGCAGCAGGGCUUCGCGUACCUCCCCGGUGGCGUGUGUGUAUCGAGCAUGGGGCGGCCGGUGUCCUACGAGCAGGCGGUGGCGUGGAAGGUCCUGAGCGACGACGACACCCCGCACUGCCUCGCCUUCAUGUUCGUGAACUGGUCCUUCGUGUGA